CUGCCUCAUAAAGGCUUAUAAAAACUGUAUCAAAAGCUGUAACACAAAGUCCAAAAGCACUGAUAGUUGCUUUUUCUGCUUAUUAAGCAAAAAGGCUUGCUGUACUUUGAAUGAUAACAUGCUGAAUGUUUUCUCAGACAAAGCUAUUUUCUAAAAUUAAAUGUGCGACUAUUUUAUUUUCAAAAGUGUAAUUAAUUGAUAGUCUAAAAUACCAUUUUGUACGUACGGUGUGUGGUCUGCAAGUGUGUGCGCGUCACAUGGUGUAAUCAUGGCAAGCCUCUACAAAUACAAAUUAGGUUCGUAAUGACAUUUUUUAGAAGCAAAGGGCAUCUAAAAAUGGCCCAUGGUGUUUUAGAUGACUCAAAAUUACAGUGUGACUAGCAAGAAUGAAAUUGUACAAGUACAUACUGGACGUUAAGCGGCAACGGCAAAUUACAAUUGCAGGUUUAUACCUCGGGGCAGGGCGGUAUACCGGUUCUUACCAAAUACCGAGACACUGUUUCAGACUGGAUGGUUUUGAAAGUAGUGCUUCUAAACACGCGCGAGAUGUGGUGAAGAUGGAAAGAACCAAAAAAUGAAGCAGAAGAACAAGAAGGCUUUUGCCAACAAAAAAAAAAAAAAAAAGGUGCUAUGUCAGUUGUGUGUGUUGUUUUUAGGGUGACCGGACGGCCCAGAUUUCUGGGGACAGUCCCCAUUUCGGAUGACCUCACCCGGCUAAAGCUGUCCCCAAAAGUGUCACCUAAAUUUUUGGCUGUUCAUGAAUGAGAAAAAAAUCAGUCCAUCCUUAGUCAGUCUACUGCAUUAAUUCCUCUCUCCAUCAAUAAGAAAUGUUGAGAACAUGUGAUUAUAAAUGGAAAAAAUACUGUGUAUACCGUGAUACCGACAGAAUAAAAAAAAAAAAAAAAAAAACGUGAUACAUUUUAGGUCAUACCACCCAACCCUAUCUCAGUUGUUGCUUUUAUCAGAAAUGAGUCAGAAAGUGAGUCAGAAAUUAGUAACAGAUGACAAAUGCUCGCUAUCUAUCUAUCUAUCUAUCUAUCUAUCUAUCUAUCUAUCUAUCUAUCUAUCUAUCUAUCUAUCUAUCCCCCUCAGUGUCUUUCUGGUGUGGUGUCUGAUUGUUGGAGCUUUCUGCCUGGGUCUAAAUAAAGUCUUGUGGCUCUCAGUGAAAACAGACCGGAGCGGCAGGAAUGCAGCUUUCAGGCCGGAGAGCAGCAGCUCCUCCGUCAGACGUGACGUCGCUGGUUCCCCGCUGAAAACCCAAACUCGGCCAAAGUUUUUCUAUGAGAAAAAAAAAGAAAAAAAGAGAGAAAAAAAAAGAAAAGAAAAGAAAAGAAAAAGCGAACCCUAAACAGACCGUCCGCCUCUGCCUGGGAGCCCCGGUAUGAGCGGACAUUUGCGCCUCGCCGCUGCAUCCAGCCGUCGUCGUCGUCGUGGUCGUCGAAAUGUUAACACGGUCCCUGCGCUGCGUCGCCUCCGUGGCAGUCGUGGCGAUUAUUUGUUUAACCGCGUCGCUGCCCUGCGCGUCUUGUGCCACCGAGGAGGACGAUGAGGUCCUGGAGAAAAAACAGCUCGUGGAGUUUUACAAAAAAGGUGUGUUUAUAUUGGAGAGCGAGCCGCUGAAACGCUGCAUCACGGUGGACCGCUCUAACCUGGUGCUGGAGGACUGCGAACGUCCCACGCGCCGCAUGCUGUGGAAAUGGGUGUCGCGGCAUCGCCUCUUCAACUUGGGCACCAGCACGUGCCUGGGCCUCAACAUUUCGGACUCGACGCAGCCGCUCGGCACGUUCGAGUGCGACAUGGCCCUCCCCGUGCUCUGGUGGCGCUGCAACGGAAACAUGCUCUACGGGGCGUCUCACUGGAAGGUGACGGUGUCCGGGCGCCUGGUGGUGGUGAAGAAAAACAUUUACCAUGAGUGGAAAAGGUACAACACCCCAAGAGAGGGCCCCUGCUCAUAUCCAUAUGAAGAUAUCCACACUUUAUUGGGAAAUGCUCAUGGAAUGCCAUGUGCUUUUCCCUUUAAAUACAACAACAAAUGGUACUUUGAGUGUACAACUGAGGGGCGUGAGGACCAUCUUCCGUGGUGUGCUACCACCACUCGCUACGACGAGGCCGAAAGAUGGGGCUUUUGUCCAGUGCAAGAUUCCAGUUGUGAGCAUUUCUGGGAGUCAAACCAGGAGCUGCGUGCAUGUUACCAGUUCAACCUGUACACCAUCCUAACCUGGGGUCAGGCGCAGUCAACCUGCCAGGCCCAGGGAGGAAACCUGCUCAGCAUCACCAGCCUGGCAGAGCGCAGGUACAUCAGAGACCGACUGGCAAGUGUUGGCGCGAUGGUGUGGAUUGGACUGAACCAUCUUAAGGACGGACGAGGGUGGCAGUGGUCUGACGGAGCGCCUUUAUCACUGGUGAAUUUUACCACAGCUCUGCCUGCCAGCCCACUGCAGGACAACAGACAGUGUGGGGUGUACAACUCGGCCUUCGAGGUUCACUGGCAGAGUCUUUCCUGUGAGUCUGCUCUGCCGUACAUCUGCAAAAAGACGCCUAACGACACACGCAGAGCUGAACCCCUAGAGAACUGGCAGUAUAUCCACACUGAGUGCGCUAAUGGCUGGUGGCCUCAUAAUGGUUUCUGCUACCGGGUGCUGGAAGAAGCGGAAGCAGGAAGCUGGGAGGAGUCUUCCCGGGCCUGUGGUUCUCUGGGGGCAAACGUCACCAGCCUCCGCUCCAUGUCUGAGGUGGAAAUGCUGCUCAACCUCUUAGCUAACUUUUCUGGAGAAAGGGUGGAGGUGUGGAUUGGUCUUUGGAAACAGGCUUCCUCUCUAGCUGUUGAGUGGUCUGAUGGCUCACCGGUAACUCUCACUCUCUGGCACCAGUACCAGCCUCUUCACAACACGACGGACACGGCGCUCUGCACCAAAGUGGAUAGUAAGAAAGGGAACUGGCUCCUGGCGCCGUGCGACGAGCGGCUACCUGCCGUCUGCAGGAACGAAAGCCAGAAUCGGGUCCAGCACCGCGGGACCUGGGAUGAGGGUUGUCCUGAGGGCUGGAAGAGACACGGCCAUUCCUGUUACAUGGUGACUAGUCAUGAACAGAGCUACGAAGACGCACUGAAGGGAUAUUACUGCAAGGCUCCUCUGCUUACCUUGGAAAACAGGUUUGAGCAGGCGUUUGUCAACAGCUUGCUGAGUGAGAGUGGGGCCAACGGCAGCUUGUACUACUGGAUCGGCAUCAUGGACCAGGAGAAGAAGGGAGAGUACGGCUGGCUUCCUCACAACGGUUCCUCUCUGCCUCUCACCUUCACCAACUGGAACAAACACCAGCCAGUCAGCGCCGGGGGCUGUGUUGCUAUGUCAGGUGGACCUGCUCUGGGCCGCUGGGAGGUGAAAGACUGCAAUUUGUUCAAGGCCUUGUCAGUUUGUAAGCAAAGCAUCAGCAACUACCAUGACGUUCAGCUGCCAGAGCACCACAUUGAUGCCUACGCCCCCUGUCCCCCAGGGUGGGAAUCACACUCAGGGUUGCUCCACUGUUUUAAGGUGUUCCACGAUGAGAAAGUCCUGAUGAAGCGCGCCUGGGUGGAAGCAGACUUCUUCUGCCAGGCCCUCGGCGCUCAGCUGGCCAGUUUCCACCACUAUGAGGAGCAGGUGUUUGUCAAGCACCUCCUCGGUACCAUGUUUGAAGGAACAGAGGGUCGCCGGUUCUGGGUGGGUUUAAAUAAGAGAGACCCUGAAUAUCCUGGGGCUUGGGGGUGGACUGACGGUUCUCCUGUGGUGACGUCUUUCAUCGAAGAUAAAAAUGAAGAGGACGACAGGAGGGACUGUGCUGUGUACAGUGAUUUAACCGACGCUCUCACACCACAGCCCUGUGACGUCAAACACGAGUGGAUCUGCAAGCUCGCCAGAGGUGAUACACUGAAAAAACCCUAUUGGUACACUGAACAGAGUGAGCCCUGGGUGUUUUACCGUGGAGCUGAGUAUCUGCUGGCCAAGCAGCCCUUCGACUGGAACUCCGUCUCCUUGGCCUGUCAGAUGAUGGGAGCCUACCUGCUGUCCAUUCACUCCAAGGAGGAGAUGCACUUCGUGAAGGAGCGUUUACGCCGGCUCUCCCUGGGCCCGACCGAGUGGUGGAUUGGCCUCUCCGUUGGGCUGCCUGGAGAGGAGGUCAUGUGGAGCGACAAGACAGAGGUAACCUUUCAGAACUGGGCUGAAAGGAGUCCUAGGAGAAAUGGGAUGUGUGUCACUAUGUCUUCUACAUCAGGGAAAUGGUCGACGAGUAAAUGCAGCGACCUCCACGGAUACGUGUGCAAAAGGAAAACUGUGUCUGUGGUGGAGACCCCCAGGGAGCCGCACUACAUUGGAGGAUGUCCAGAAAAGUGGCUGUACUUUGGACACAAGUGUCUCCUGCUUCACCUCCCCGACAGCCCAAAGCAGGGAAAGAGCUGGAAAGAUGCCCAGUCCAUCUGCUCGUCAUUUGAAGGCUCGCUGGUCGCCAUAGAAAAUGAGAUUGAACAAGCCUACAUCACCAUGUUGCUACAAGGAAGCUCGGUAGGUGUGUGGAUCGGUCUGAGAGAUGAGGACACCAUGAAGUGGACCAACGGGAAGCCAAUCAGCUACACCAACUGGUCUCCAAUUGAACCAAAGAGCUAUCUCACUGAGGACGAGUGGCUCGGCGGAUUUACAGACGAAGCUCUGUGCACCGUUCUGUCCAACAACCACAACUUCCACCUGACGGGGAAGUGGUACGAUGAGAAGUGCAGCGAGAGUGGGUACGGAUUUGUUUGUCAAAAACCUCAAGAUACAUCCAAACCCCCCACACACUCCUAUCACCACCCACUCCCUGAUAAUAUCGAGUACAGGAGUCGCAGCUACAAGGUCGUGUCUGGUAACCUGAGCUGGUACGACGCAAUGCACAUGUGCAUAGAGAAUGAUUCAGACCUGGUGAGCGUCACAGACGCCUACCACCAGGCUUUCCUGACCGUCCUUGUCAACAGAUUGUCAGUCCCCCACUGGAUUGGACUGUAUAGUCAAGACAGCGGCAUCAACUAUCAGUGGUCAGAUGGCAGUGACACAGUGUACACACACUGGGACGCAGCCGACGACGAUGACGAGUUCUUGACUGGAGAGUGUGUGUACAUGGACGUGAACGGAGGCUGGCGGAGAGCCGACUGUGAAACUCUGCUGCCAGGAGCCCUGUGCCACGUUCCCCCGCCAAGCAAUAAACAAUUUGUCUCUGAAGAGAAGACGUGUCCCUCCACUUGGGUGAAAUUUGGACAUGGCUGUUACAACUUUGAGCCGGUGGUGGAGAAGCUUACGUUUGAAGAGUCAAGAGAGUACUGCAGGAAUAAAGUCAACACAUCAGAUGUCCUGACUAUUGAGAGUGAGACAGAGAAUCGCUUUGUCCUGGAGCAGCUUUGGUCGUUGGGGUUCCUGCACCAGACCCUGUGGUUGGGGAUGUACUUCAACACUGACACUGAUUCUAUGGCCUGGGUCGACGCUUCGCCGAUGGAAUACACCAACUGGCCCAACAAGGCCCCGGACUCCAAGCAGCUGACUGCAAAUACGUGCGUUAGCACCAGAGUGGUUGAUGGGGCAUGGCAUUUGUCAGAGUGCACAGAGAGGCUCGGUUUCAUCUGCAAAACAAUUUCAGAUGGAAUUACUGAAGUGGAGGUGGAACCGCUAAAUGGUCUCUAUAGUGGUAUCAACAUCGCUGGAGUGCUGGUGGCUGUCUUGAUCUUUGCCCUGCUGGCAGGGACGACCUUGUUUCUGUACAAAAGGAACUACGCAUGUUUUCGUGGGCUCCCUACUCUGGGCAGCGCCUACUACAGGCAAACCAGAUCGCAGACCGCCGAGUCAGACGGAAACGUGCUGAUCACCGACCUGGAGGCUCACUCCGGAGAAUAGCACUGAAUGUCUCCUGCCACAUUUGUAAGGUCCCUGUUGUUCCCGGAGCGUCUUUCGCCAUCAGGUACGAACGCCACAGGACACUGUAAAGCUGCGAUGCUGAUUCCUCAGGACGGUGGUGAGAUGAUGACUGCAAACAUUCGCUUCUAAAUUUUCUUGGGGACGUGUUUGAAGGAUCCCAGUUGCUGUCUGGUUUUCAUUUGAGACGAGACAAAAGUUCAUGCAUACAUUUAUUUUAUUUUUUUUUAUUUUUUUCGUGUUGACACUGUUGAAUUUAUGUUGUUUGACAUAAAGGGGAAUGUUAAACAAAGGGAUGCUAGAGAGCUUGGUUAAAAGAGGUCCUGAACUCAAAAUGCCCAUUUUAAUCCUGCAGGAUGAGGAUUUAUUCUUCUAUAACUGGUAAACAGUAUUACAUCGAGUGAUUUGUGAAGCUGUCAGGCUCAAAGGGAGCUCUCUGUGCCACCAAAAAGAGCCCGAUUGUUUUGUAAUUUUGUAUAUUUUGUUCUGAAUUCAGGAACUGCCGGAUUUGUACACGCGGUAAAACAGUUUUGUCAGUAUUACUUUUUUUUUUUUUUAUACGUCUAUUGUCUUAUGCAUUCAUGCUGUAUAUUAAUACCAGAAGAUGUUGUAAUGAUGUGUAUGGCCUGACUGGUGAUUGGAAUAUUUCAUUUUUUAUUAUUGUUUUUUUUUAAAGUUCAGUAUUGCCUGCUGAUGCAAAGCAAAUUAUGAGACGUAUGUUGCACAGUUUUAUUUUGUGUUUUAAUAAACUGAACUUCGGUUGUAUAAUUCCUCACUCUCA